AUGGAGCGCUACGAGAAGCUGGGCAAGGUCGGGGAGGGCUCCUACGGCGUCGUCUUCAAGUGCCGCCACAAGGACACCGGCCAGAUCGUGGCCAUUAAGAAGUUCCUGGAGUCCGAGGAGGACCCGGUGAUCAGGAAGAUCGCCCUGCGAGAGGUCCGCAUGCUGAAGCAACUGAAACACCCCAACCUGGUGAACCUGCUGGAAGUGUUCAGGAGGAAGCGGAGGCUGCAUCUGGUCUUCGAAUACUGUGACCACACAGUUCUCCAUGAGCUGGACAAGCACCCCCGGGGGGUGCCAGAGCAUCUAGUGAAGAACAUAACCUGGCAGACCCUUCAAGCUGUGAACUUCUGCCAUAAACACAAUUGCAUCCACCGAGAUGUAAAGCCAGAAAACAUCCUGAUAACAAAGCACUCAGUCAUCAAACUUUGUGACUUUGGAUUUGCUCGCAUACUGACUGGUCCGAGUGAUUAUUACACAGACUAUGUGGCUACCAGGUGGUACCGCUCUCCGGAGUUACUUGUGGGAGACACCCAGUACGGCCCGCCCGUGGACGUGUGGGCGAUAGGCUGUGUCUUUGCAGAGCUGCUAUCUGGGGUCCCCCUCUGGCCUGGCAAGUCUGACGUCGACCAGCUGUACCUCAUCCGGAGAACCCUGGGGGAUCUUAUUCCCAGGCACCAGCAAGCGUUCAGCACCAACCAGUUCUUCAGCGGGGUAAGAAUUCCAGACCCAGAGAGCAUGGAGCCGUUAGAAGUGAAAUUCCCUAAUAUUUCAUACUCUGCUUUAGCUCUCAUGAAGGGUUGCCUUCGUAUGGACCCUGCAGAGAGGCAGACAUGUGAGCAGCUGCUGCAGCAUCCCUAUUUUGACAGCAUUAGGGAGGCAGCAGAUCUGGGGAAAGAACAUGAAAAAACAGCUCGGAAACCAGCCAGGCCAACACGGAAGCACGUGCCAGGGUUACAGUACCUGCCUCAGUUAACCACUAGUAACGUUCUGCCAGCUUUGGACAGCAAGAAGUACUGCUGCAAACCAAGGAAAUCAGACUACCAUUUCCCUAACAUCUAACCGGAUGGCAGAUUAAAAACUAUUUAUUGUUCAAAGUUCAAGUCG